AUGCCUCACGACCUGCACGACCUCUCCAUGGACCUCGACGCCUGCGAACCAACUGAACUCUCCUUCUCGACUGACGACACGCCCCUCGACGUGCCUACCAGCAUCCACGACCUGUCCGAGAGAUACCCCUUCGACGUAGAGGGAAUUCCCCUUCCUCCCUCCCCCGACUUGUCCGAACUUAGCGAUCUGUCCGAGGUCUCCGCCUCACUUGACGAUAUCGACGUGGACAUCGCCUUUGAGCCCGAUGAGACCUCUCGUCUCUCCCCCCUUCCCGUCGAGCUUCUGCAAGUAAUCGUGACUCAGCUCCCGCAAGAGGAUCUCGUCCAGCUCCUCCGCGUCAACUCAUUCUUCCACGCAGCCGUCGUGAAGCUGGUGUACGUCCGCGUCCCAGCCGUGACAGAGGGAAGGGCGUGCACACUCGACCCCCCGCUCAAGAACGCGUAUUACGCCUCCCACGUUCGAUGUCUCGAUGCCGGUCUCGUCGCUCGCAGGUGCUGCCGACCCUGGGGCCGGCUCGUGCUCCCCUCCCUCGAGGUUCUGCGGCUCGAUGUGGCUCCGCACGCCCCGCACCCGAAGCCACCCCCGCGUCGCCUGACGCCCGCCCAACGCCGAGCUCUUAUCGCCGGAACGCCGUCCAAGUGUCCUGACACGCAGGCUCUUGCUUCCCGGCUUCCUUCUGGCGUGCGUGCUCACACCGUUGUGCUCAGGACUCUCGGACAUGGGCUGGGACUGCGGGUUGAGGAGGAGGUCAUCAAGAGCGCGGAGAGGGUGGUCAUGUUUCUGAAGAUGCCGGCCAGUGUGUUUGACAUGGAGCCUCUGCCGCUCACGUUUGCGAAGGAAAUGCCGUGCUCGACCCCGAGUCUCACGAUUGUGCUUGAGUGUCCCCGCCAGCCCGAUCUGGCGGUUGACGUGAUGCACGCCCUCUUCCAACUCUGCGAGGUCGUCGACGAUCCCGGUUUCCGCAUCAACUACCCGCGCCUCUCCGGAAUCACGGUCGUGGUACCGGACUACGUUUUAACGCCUACUUGCCGCGGGAUGGUGUGUACCGAGAUCGAGCAGUACAGACUGCAACUUCACAGGCGUACCAUGCUCAAGACGCAGACGCAGAUUUCAGUGCACCUCGCGUCUGAGUUUCUCCAGCGGAGGGAGAAUGAGCUGGUCUUGACGAGAAGGGAGGCUGGGGAGUAUUGGCGCCGGUGCAGGCCGAGUGUCCGCACCCAUGCUCACAGCGAGGAAGAGGUCAGAGAGCUGGCGCAGCACGCCAGACGCCUGAUGGAGCUUGCGGGUGCGGUGUGGAACACCCUCAUUGACGAUUUUGCCGUGUACGACUACGACAAUGAGAGCGACGACGCAAUGGACGACGUGGACGACGGCUACUUUAAUCAUGGCAUGGCCCAGGGCCACCUUGUUGUAUUCUAA